GGCUGCUGAUUUGACGCCCAUUUGUGUCCGUCCUGAUUCAGCGGAGUGAAGGUGAACCCGGCCCGUCUCUCUCACCCUAAGCCCACCGUUAGGAGCACUUUCUCCCCCGUUUCCUCCUCCACCUCCUCCUGCACAGGGAUCGUCCACCUCGUCCUGAGCCAUGUCCAUUUUCAGCGACGUCCCACAGGCUCCUCCGGUAGCUGUCUUCAAACUGACGGCUGAUUUCAGGGAGGACAGCCACCCGCAGAAGGUGAAUCUGGGAGUUGGAGGUAAGAGAUGCUACAUGCUACAUGCUAAGUUAGCUUGGUGACAGUGAGUCGUCUCGGCUCUCUCUCUCUCUCUCUCUCUGUGGCUGUGGUUGGUAGCUUUAAUUAGCUGUUUAGCUUUGAGUGAUUCCAAGGUGCGGUGCUGAGUUAUCAUAGUAUUAAACAGUAGCAGCUCUUUGAUUUGACCUUCGCCUCAAGCUAGCAGUGAAGCUAACGCAGACACUGUCUUCCAUUCAUAUUGACCGCUGGAUGUUGUUACUCCUGCCAGCGCAGUAUGAAUGCUACAACUGCUAUAUCUGUGAUAAUGACCGAAACGACACUUGGAAAAAGCAGACCUAUUUAUGACUGCUUUUGUACCAAGUAAGUCUGGCAUUAUGUCAGAUAUUCUCUAGAGCUUUCUCUCUUAUAUUCCCCACUGUCCCUGUGUCCUUGAACGCACCAUUUUCUAAAUAUUACACCCACUGAAGAUGUUAUUUAUUGGUGUAGGGACUAGUUUGGCAACAUCAACGAAGCUAACCUGAUCUUUUAGUCAUGCUGGUCGUAUAACUGACGAAUUAUUGCGCGCUAGCUGUGGUUUAAUAUGUUACUAAUAAUGUUAAGUUAAUGACAGCCCUGUUAGUCAAUACUUAUACUUUAGUCUGGUGCACAGAAUUAAAAGAAAUACAUAUUAAAAUCCCUUACACAGAGAAAACACAUUGCAUAAGAGCAGUAAUAAACAAACAAACAAAAACCAGAUCAAUAAUGGUAACCAAAAGUGUUUUGAUAGUUUUAAUAAGUAGAUGCAGUCAUGUUGCACAGACAACAGAAGUUGUUGUAUAGGAAAGCUGCACUUAAAGUUGGUUGUCCUGUAGUUAGGGCUGGGCGAUAUGGGAAAAAGUUUAUCACAAUAUAUUUUUUUCAUAUUAGGAGAUAUCGAUAUAUAUAUAUAUCACGAUAUAAAAAAUUGGAUUUAACUGUGGUUAUUGGUAGCAUGUCUUUUGCAGUAUAAUAAGCUACUGCACCUGUGAGGUCUUUGCGUCUCUGACUUUUUGUCGUAAGGUGUUACGCUAGAGAGAGCGGACUGACUGGUCGCCUGUUUCAGCUGCACAGGCGCCAUGGGCUCCUUGCUCCGCUCAGGGUUUGUAAACUUUUGCCUUGCACAUGCUCUGCCGUAUGGAACUGGCACAGGUGGUGAAAAAGAUUUGAGGAAUUCCCCGACAUUACGAGAACAUGUACUCGACAUGAUUUGCAGUGCACAUUACUCUGCUUCAUGUCCGACCUCCAAAAAAACUGAAAUACCGUCAACGAUGUCCUCAUCUGUUGAGCCUUCUUCUGCAUUUCUACCGGGGGGAACACUUUUCUUUUUUUUCUCACCGACAGUGCAGUCACCUUCACCUGUUAAAGUGUUAUGGUUGCGUGUAGCUGCAGCCUACUACUACGCAGUUGUUUGCUACUUGGUUCUAAUUCAGCACAUGAUUGGUUCAGCACAAAGCGGACCCAGACCAACCCCCCUUUUCAUUGGCUAUUUGUUAGGGCCACCAAAACAUGGCAGAAUGCCGGCUAUCGGAAAGAACAUUGACCAUGUUUCAUAUUGAUAUGAAACAUUAAUUUACAAUAUAUAUUGUUAUCGUUUUAUCACCCAGCCCUACUUGUAGUAUAUCUAAACACCAAUCCUUGUUUUAGCUGCUAUAGUGUUUGCUCUGCUUUGAAGGAUAAAGCUGCAGGACAGCUGCUUACUAUCAAUCACUGGGCUCCGUAUCUUUGAGUACCUUGUGUAGAUGCCAAGGACACCUCGUAAAUGACACUUUUGUACUUAUAAUCCCUGGAAUAUAAAAAUAAGAGGGUAAAAGAGCUUGGUGUCAUUGCCAUCAGAACUGUCUCCGUACAUGUUUUGCAAACUGUAAACUUCUCUGUCCUCCUCUGACACUGUAAUUUUCAUGUUUGUCCCACUGUUGUUCACUGUAAUGUCGGGGUUUACUCUGCAACACAAAAUGAACUCCUUUUCUGAUUCACUCAGAGUGUGAAGCAUAAAAAAAGUGUAUUAACAGGGGUAGCUAUUGUAACAGUGCAUAUCUGAAAAAAUAAACACCAAUGCUGAGAACUUAUUAGAUUGUGUGUUUCCUUAAUGCCAUAGGAUCUUGACAUCUUUUUGCUCUCUUUGAAUUAUUUUGGGAUUCUACUCACCCACUUAGACAGACAAAUUUAGGAUCCUUCAAGCAGACUUCAUAAGGCCAGGAAAAUAUCAGAGAUAAGCUUUGAUUUGGCAUUAUUGUAUGAGUGUUAUGAAAACCUCAGCAUGAGUUUUUGUUUGAAAGCGACCAAACUCACUCGUACAGGGUUAACAAAGGAGACCUGUGGCGUCAUAUGGGAGUGAACCUCAGCUGCAGCUUUCCUCCUCCUAGUUUCUAAAACGUGUUUGUGUAUGCACCAAACCAAUGUGGCCUUGAAGCAGUUGGCAGUGGACAAAAGUUUCUGUAAGCUGGACCUUUGUGUGCCGUGGCUUUUGGCUUCUGUUCAAUGGGGCUCAGGCACGAGUUGGAGAACAGCACAUAAAUUCAGAUACAUGAUCUGUGAGGAAAGAAGUCACAUUUCACACUCAGCACUAUGACAAAAACGCUCUGCGCUUUGUUUUUCUAGCUGUUUUUUACAUUUUAAUCACUUAAGCUUUAACCUACUGUAAAUAUUUUUAACAGCCGACAUAUGUCCCUCAAGGUGAUUUAUAGAUACAAACUAACAAGCUCCUUAUUUGACCUUUUAGCAGCGUUGACCCUCUGAUCCUCACUUCAGCUGUAGUAAAGGUCUGAUAUAUGAUACAGCUCUGCACAGGCCGGCACACAGUUUGAAGCAGCACAAAUUCUUAAGGAGUCAAAUUUGUGCAACACACACACACAAGCGCCUACAGACAGUGUGUAACAUUAAAUAUCAAAAGUCUUUUUCUAACUCAUCUCCAUUCUUUUCUUGCACUGUGUCCUUCUGUCUUUUCCGUUUCAUAUUUCAGGAUUGUUUUCAUGGUGUAAGUGAGGCUGCAUUACUGUAUUACCUUUUUUUCCCCUCCAGCUUACCGUACUGAUGACUGUCAACCCUGGGUACUGCCGGUGGUGAAGAAGGUGGAGCGGCUGAUCGUGGAGGACAGCAGUCUGAACCACGAGUACCUGCCCAUUCUUGGUCUGCCAGAAUUCCGCUCAGCUUCCUCUAAAGUCGCCCUUGGAGAGGACAGCCCUGCCAUCAAAGACAACAGAGUGAGACACCCUCAUUAAACAUGUUCACAGUGUACACAAGGUGUGCUGUAAAGCUGUCUGAACAUCAGGGACACUUUCUGAAAGGAAGCUUUAAGGAGUAAUACAAACCCAAUGCCAGAGACAGAAAGCAGAAUUUGAUGGUUUUUAAAUCCUUUUUUUUAAUUAAAACUGUACUAAGAGAACGCACCUCAUUUUAAAUUCAAUAAGAGCAACAUUUUAUUAACAUAACAGGACAUUAAAACACAGACAAAAACAAAAAAAGGUCUGUAAAUCAAACAAAAAACCCACAGGAAUAUCUCUGAACAAAAGACGGGACAAGGACUAAAAUCAAUACUAGAUAAUCUUGAUCUUCGGGCCCCCAGGAAGCACUGCAUCAAAAACUGACAGGACUGUGUACUGGAAGUCACUGCAUGGGCUCAAAAUCCUUGUCUAUGAACACAGUUCAUCACUGCAUCCACAAAUAAUGUUAUAACUGAACCAUGCAAAGAGGAAACCAAACAUGAUCCAGAAACAUCAGAGACUUCUCUGGACCUGAGCACAUUUCAGAGGAAAACUGUCCUUAGGGCUGAUGAAUUAAAAUUUGACAUUCUAUUUGGAAAUCAUGGAUUCUUUAUCCCUGUUUCUAAAGAGUAAAGGGUCUGUCCGACUGGUUCUGAGCCCCCAGUUCAAAGCCAGCACCCCUGAUGGUCAGGGGAUCAUAAGAGUCCAUGUCAUGGGUAGCUUCCACAUCUGUGAAGGGUCCAUUAAUGCUGAACAGUAUCUACAGGUUUAGAGGCAGCAUCUGCUGCCAUCCAGACAAAGACUUUUUCAGGGAAGGCCUUCAUAUUUGAGCAAGACAGUAACAAACCACAUUCUGCAUGUGUUACAACAGCAUGGCUCUGUAGUAGAAGAGUCCUGCUACUGAACUGGCCUGACUGCAGUCCUGACUUGUCACCUGUUUUUAGAAACAUUUGGAGCAUCAUGACACUAAAAAUAGGACAAAGAAGAUCCUGAUCUGUUGAAGGUUCACAAAACCUUUCAAAAACUGAUCAUUCAAAAAGGUUUUGGUUUGACGUUUGUAUUAAAAUAUUUAUUAAUGAAAUAUAGUGUUUGUUUAUUUUUGCAAACUUUUGAAACUGUUUUGCAUUUUCAAGUUGUCUCUUUAGGCAGAUCUCUAAAUUCCUCUCCAAAGACUUAGGCUUCAUCCUGUUGUUUUCUCUCUCAGGUGGGAGGGGUCCAGGCUCUGGGUGGGACAGGUGCAUUGAGGAUUGGGGCAGAAUUCCUGCGGCGUUGGUACAACGGCGUCAACAACACAGCAACACCUGUCUACGUCUCUGCACCUACCUGGGGUCUGUACACAGCUGUGACCCUGAAAGACUGAAUCCUAGAUGAUUUACUUUGGGUUCAACCUAAAGUUAAUUUUUUUAAGGAGUUUUAGUAAAUGUUUGUAUUGUUAUUGGCGCAACAGGAACGCAUCCACUUCUUGUUGUAUUUCAGAUUUUAGAAUCACCUGUAUCUUCUCUCCUCACAGAGAACCACAACGCUGUGUUUGCUGAUGCUGGUUUUAAAGACAUCCGGCCAUACCAUUACUGGGACGCUGCCAAUAGAGGUUUGGACCUCGCUGGGCUCCUUGACGACCUGGAGGUGAGAAGGAAACUCUGAUGUUGAUAUCUGAUUUUUAGUUUUUUUAGUCCUUUACCUACACAAGAGUCUUUUAAGGUAGCCUGAUGUGCACCGCCACCUCAAAAAGCAUCAACAUGACACAGACUGGAAGGCCUGUGAUUGGUCCAUUGACUUAUUAUUUUUUUGUCUACAAACAUCACUAAAGCAUGUAGAAGACAAGACAUCAAAGAUUGUUUUGUCUUCAGGGGGGACAAAAUUUACACAAGCUGAAAGUUCCUCCCGAAGCUUUAAAGAAAAUAGGUUACAGGCUAUAAAACAAGAGCACACCUGUACACAUUUAAAAAGGAGAAAGUAGCGGUACCUGACACUGGCUAGUGUUUCUCACAAAGGAUCAUGACUGGAAUUAAAUAAAUUAUGCAGCCCAGGUUUAAGUCCCUCCAGACUUUUAGAGCUUUUCUGAUGUUUUUGCCUGCCUGGCUGUCCUGCUUCAAUCCUACACUUGUCUCAAAGUUGCAUUUAGUGUCAUCCUGUCAUCCAAACUUUGAAGGUCCAGUUUUCUGCAGUAUAAUCAAGAGUUUCUCAUCAAUAACCUCUCAGUUAUUGAUUUUGUGCUUUUACUGUAUAUAAAAUGACCUUUCCUCUCUCAACAGAAAGCUCCAGAACACUCCAUCUUUGUCCUUCAUGCCUGUGCGCACAACCCCACCGGCACUGACCCCAACCAGGAGCAGUGGAAAAAGAUCGCAGAGGUCAUGAAGGUCAGGUGAUGUUCUUGCUGGAACUUUUUAUUAUCUGGUUAAUUUUUUUUAACACUCUGUCCCUUCUGUCGGUAUAUUUCUGCUCUUACACAAAGAAAAGCUGUAGCUUCUACUUCUUAGUUCAGCAGUCAUUAGUAUACUGUUAUUUCCUCAUUCUUUCGCCGUUGCUGUAAACUGCGGUCCUUGUCAUACUUUGUGUUAUUUGUUUUUUUCUAGCGGAGGAAUCUGUUUGUCUUCUUCGAUUCAGCCUAUCAGGGUUUCGCCUCUGGCAGUCUGGAGAAAGACGCCUGGGCCAUCCGCUACUUUGUCUCUGAGGGCUUUGAGCUUUUGGUGGCUCAGUCCUUCUCCAAAAACUUUGGCCUUUACAGUGAGUACACCUUAUCUGUGUGCAGACACGGUCGUGUUGGUGGUUUAGUGCAAUACACGGCUUUUAGGACUGUGAUUUAAAACAUCUCUGUGCCUUACCUGCAGGCCACUUUUGAUCUAAUGUAGUCUGUCUCUCGUAUCAGAUGAAAGAGUCGGUAACCUGACAGUUGUCGCCAAGGACAACGACAACCUGACCCGCAUCCUGUCCCAGAUGGAGAAGAUCGUCAGGACAACUUGGUCCAACCCCCCAUCUCAGGGAGCUCGCAUCGUCAGCAAGACGCUCAACAGCCCCGAGCUUUUCGAUGAAUGGUACGAUCUUUACUGAGUCCUGAAAUCUUCUUCUUCUUGUUUUGCAGCACCAUGGAGCUUUAUUUCAGACAAAUACAAGAAUGUCACUGAUAACAGAGACAAGAUGGUUUUUCAGAGUUUGGUCAUGAGUCUUGCUCGUGAUGUUUAUCGGCUUAAUAAGAUACAAGUCACAUGUGGUCAUACAGCUGUUGAAGUUAGGACUGUAAAAAGACACAAAUAGAAAUGUAGACACCUUGAAGUCUCAUACAUUAAAGGGAUAGUUCGUCUGUCUUUCUUGUGUUUACCGAGUGUGUCCCUGUCAGCUUGGCUCCUUCUGUUGUGAAACCAGCCAGAGAAGCAGAACAGAAGCUAAGCUAACGGCUGCUGCAGACGGAGUCAGCUCCUCUACAUAAUUUAGCUGGUUAAAAAUAACUUAGUGGUCUUAGUGGGUUUGUUCGCUCCACAGUGUUGUAAAGAUAUUCAGCUCUUUACUUUGUCGUCACAAAGCCCUGUUGGUUUCUGUACUAUUCACAGACGCAGUACAGUGCACUGAUGAGCAUCUCAUACAUCAGGUCCUUGACUUAUGAGCCACUGAUGUGUUGUAAUCUUUGAUAUUUUUGCAUCUCAGUUCAGCAGGAUUUGAAGUGCUGAACAGUUUCAAGACGACAUUUUUGUAGUUUAUUAUUUCAGCGCAGUCCUCCUCUCUGUCAGCUAACAGGGUUUUCAGUUUAGGUGGAGAUGUGGUGCGGCUCAUCAGUCCUGUCAUUAUUCUCUCUCGGCUGCAGGAAGAGUAACGUGAAGACUAUGGCAGAUCGAGUCCUCUUGAUGAGGGAUCAGCUGAAGUCCAAGCUGCAGGCCCUGGGGACCCCAGGGACCUGGGACCACAUCACUCAGCAGAUCGGCAUGUUCAGCUUCACCGGCCUGAACCGUGAGUGGAUACACACACACACACGUAUCAAAGAGAAAGUAUCAAGUCAAAGGUACCACCGCUGCCUAUUCAAAGACGCCUUUAUAUUAUUAGACGAUCUGGUUCUGUUUUCUGCAGACUCCAGCACAGCAGGUGGCAGUAUUCACCUUUAAAAUGCAAUCUGAUCUUGUUGAGUGUAGAGGGACAACAGCUAUACAAAUCUGAAAAGUUGUUUUUAAGUGUUGAUAAAGACUUUAAAACUUUAUUUAACUGAAAUUGUGACGACAACAAAUCAAAUCAAAUGUUGAAACUAAAAAAAAAAUCUCUUUUUUCAUGAUAUUUGGACAUUUUUAAUUUGUAAAUUUGUAUUUUGUAUAUUAUUUUUGUAUAGGCCACCAAAACAUGGCAGAAUGAUGACUAUCAAAAAGCACAUUGACCAUGUUUUAUAUUGAUAUCGAGGGAAAUUAAUUUUCAAUAUAAAUGGACCAUAAGAAAGCAUGACAGAGAAUCUCUUCCUCUUUUCCGUGCUCUGUGUGACUGUCUCCACGUCGUUCUGUCUCUGCAGCCAAACAGGUGGAGUUCAUGAUCAAAGAGAAGCACGUCUACCUGAUGGCGAGCGGUCGCAUCAACAUGUGCGGCAUCACCACCAAGAACAUUGACUACGUGGCUCAGUCCAUCCACGAGACCGUCACCAGUAUCCAGUAACGGGCUCGCUCUCUCCGCCCACCACCUGCCUCCUGUACGCCACAGGAAGUACCGUCAUGUGUAUGUUUGACCUGUUGCCCUGCCUUCUCUGCUUAUCCUGCCCUCUCAUUGGUUUAACUGCAGCAGCUAAACCAAUGGGAGGAUUUUCUUUUCUCACAUGAAGGUAAAACCUUUUUGGGAGGUGCAAUGAUUUUUUAGGAAGACACUUGAACGCACACACAGCCAGGCCUCACCGCCAGCAGAGUAAAUAUCUAUCAGGUCUGUUAAUUUGUAGAUUCACUGUUGAUGUGCUGCACUCAUCAUUUCUGGUCUCAAAUGCUCACGUGAAUCUCUGGCUGAAAAGAAUUUUAACUUCAUUUUAGUGCUUCCUUGUUCAUGUAAAGCUCUUCAAGUGAUUGAAGAUGCUGCGUCUUUAUUCUUGAACAAAAUGCUGGUAAUGUAAAUAGAUGUAAUCACUGUAAGAGGUCCUAUGAUUUCCUUCAGAAGCACAGAACUCCUGCUUCAUGUCAGCACUUAGACGUCCUCUUAUACCUCCUGAUCAAUCAUUAUUUCUGUACGAGGAUUUGCAGCGUUACCUUUGAACUGGUUCCAUCUCCUCCUGUGUCAUUUUGAGGUUGAAACGAUGGCGUCAUCAGAGUAACGGUCGCCAUCAUGUAAAACGGUUGAAAAGUCCUUUUAAAGAUAAAAGUGUGUGCCUGAUGUUGUUGGUUUUUGCCUUGUCAGACGGUGCAGCUAAAGACGGUCAUGUUAGUUCACUAAAUGACUCGGUGCCAUUCUGAACAAAAUCACCUCUCUGUUUUCUCUCCUCUCUGUUCUUAUGUUGUUUCCACCCUGCAGUGCCCUUAUUGUGUUACUGAAAGCCUCUCUGAUGUCGUCAUGAGACCUCAGAGCUCACAUGACCAUACUCCCAUUAUGUGGUGUUUGUCUUUGUUGUGGCACACAGUAAUAUUUAUGUUCCUAUACUGUAAUAACCAAGUUUUUGUGUUUUUGACUGUUUUUUUGCUCUUAAAAGUGAAGUGAAAUCGGGGAGAUUUGGUAAAAUAAUAUUCAUAUUUCUACAGCUUUAAAUGAGAAAGGGAGGAACAUUAAUGUUGAGACUUCAUCACGCCUUAUUUAUCUUUUUUUAAAGAUAAUUUCCAUGUUAUGGUGUUGGAUGUGGGGCGGCACAGUGGUGUAGUGGUUAGCACUGUCGCCUCACAGCAAGAAGGUCCUGAGUUCGAAUCCGGCUCAGGGUGUUUCUGUGUGGAGUUCACAUGUUCUCCCUGUGUGUGCGCGUGGGUUUCCUCCCACAUCCCAAAAACAUGCCUAAGUGGGGUUAUGUUAAUUGGCCACUUUCAAAUUGCCCGUAGGUGUGAAUGUGGGCGUGGAUGGUUGUUCAUCUCUAUAUGUCAGCCCUGCGAUGAAGUGGCGACUUGUCCAGGGUGUCCCCUGCCCUCGCCCAAAGAUGCUGAGAUAGGCUCCAGCGACCCCGGGAACGAGAAUAAACAGUAGAAAAUGGAUGGAUGGUGUUGGAUGUGAGGGUUGACAUUGAGACUAAACCUGCUUAAGCAGACAGAUGACAAGACCAGCCAAUACUGCUUUAUCUCGUUAACUCUUACAAGACUGAAAUGAGCACAGAGAGUUCUCAGUACAUGGUGGAGCUUUUUAUUUCUGUGUAUUUUGAUGCAAAAUACCAUCACAUACUUUCUUUCUACAUUACAUAUAGUCUCAUUUUCUUACUUUCCCCGGGACAUUUUCUUCAUUCUGUCAAACUUUCACAAAUCAGAGGAGCUAAAACAACAGAAACUUCUCUAAAGCAUCAAUCAGAGAUAUUUGCUCUUUGCAGAAUAAGUGAAAAAAACCCUCUUCAUUAGAACCUCCUGAUGUCUGCAUAGUUAACAGAUCAGCUGCAGGGGAAACAUUUCAAUCAAACCAACAUCCUGCAGCAGGAUCACGUGCGGUCCGACUAUGACCUUAAACGAUGAUUCUGGUUGGCUGUGGUCGACGCUCCAAUGCAGCAAAGUGACUCAGCAGGUUUGAUAUAUGGCCCCCAGGAGAGAACCCCCGCCCCCCCGCCAGUUACAAUAGCCAAUGAGGUGAGUCCGGGAGCGCCCCCUCCCUCUGCCCAGCCUGCGACGGGUCGAUUUAGUUGUUUAAAAGCCAAUACAACAGGGAGCGGCUAAUAGACGAAUUUAUUACCAAGAUUUACAAUCUCUGUAUUCACUGAUUGUCAUGUUGUUAAAACUACAUCUGAACUGUCUCCUGAGCAACUUUAUCUCACACAAACAUACCAUGUGACCUCCCAAUGAUAAACAUGUCUCCAGAAUAAAAGUCUGCAGUUGAAUUUAUGAAUUAGUCCAGGCAGAAAUAUGACAAGGUUAAACAUCUAUCAGCAGCUAUAUCUGUCACAUCUGAAACAUUAGACUUCUCUGCAGUCUCAUCCAUCCCGCAUCCCCUUUCCCCUCUUCUUCCUCCUCCUCCUCCUUCCCCUCCUCCUCCUACUGCAGAAGCGCAAACCCAGUCAGUUGAAGCCACGCCCGUCCAUCCUUUUCCUCUAAGCACCGUGCAAACAAAAAACAAAGAGCUGCAAGUUCAGACACAACACCAGAAUAACUGCGGAGAAAGUGAUGCAUUAAAGAAAUCCAAACCCUCCCAGUCUGAUCAAUGUGAGCUAUAGUUGGACUGUUGUUCAAGACAUAUUUAUAGACUUGUAUCUAUUUUAAUAUCAAUAUUAAAUGUAUCAUCCACAUGCAGUCAGUGCUGUAAAAAAAUGUGAGCACAAAACCUUCAAUAUGCAGGCAGCAAAGUGAGCUUCAUGUUGGUAUGUGGUCAGACUUGGAGAACAGUAGCAGCCCCAGUUCUCAGUUAUUUCUUCUUUUAUUUUCAUCCAGUUUAGGUUCAGUAGUCGUGAUAAAACUGGAGCUACACCUAACUGUUGUUUUCAUCAUUCAUACCAAUAAUUUUCUGGAAUAAUCAUCUUUUGUUUGUUAAAUAUUUGAAAAAGGGUUAAAAAAAAGAAAUCUCAAAAGUCAUGUUUGUAUUUUUAAGAACAGGAAGAAAUUCAUUUUAAAAUGAUAUAAAACAGAGAAGAAAAGGGGCCCCUGAAGUUUCAUACUGUGGUAAGUUAAACCUUCAUACAGAAGACAUUUAAUGUAAGUUAUUAACCUGUGUGAACUAAGCACCAGCAAUGAUUCUGAUUGCCACUGUUUGUCAUUAAAUGUUGUUAACCACUAAUUCGCUGUAUUGAUUUUGUACAUACUUUGUAGGGCAUUUUUUGAGAUCAUUUCAGUGAAACUGGUCUUUUGCAUGGAAUGAAAGUCUCUUUUUUUCCCAGGAAAGGCUGCGGGAAGAGCUGAGCAAUUUGGCCAGCCAAAUAAAAUCUAGUUCAGAGGCCAGCCAGCGCUCAAACGCUGUGAGGCACUGAAGUAUUAAAAGGUUGAAGGACAGUCACACUUAGCCGAUGCAGUUUUCGACCCCUGAUCUUUUCGCAGCAAGCUUGAUGCACAGUUUAAUCAAAGUUUCUCAUACUUCUUUAAAAUAAACAAAACAAAUGACCAAGUAGUAACACCAAACAGGUUUUUAGACCUUGGGUGAUUAGCUCACUUACUCAUCCAAAUGUUUAUUGAAUGCACCGAAAGUCUCAUGUGAGGCUGGUUUGUCUGAGCCAAAUGUCUGUUAUCAGGGGAUAAACCCAAAUUUUUCCACAUGCAGGCUUGCACAGAUAAAGCACAGUGUCACAUUCCUGGAGUCAAUAGUGUAAACUUGGGCAUUAACUCUAGCAGCCAUGUUGCUCUUUUGGUAGAGAGUAAACUGGUAGAGAAGGUGCAAACUGCAAGAAGCAGCUGAGGAAAGAAAAUCAAAUCUUUUGCUUCCAAAACAUUUUCUGAGUCACAAAUAAUUGGUUAAACUGAUUUUAUCUCCUAGCCCUAGUUGAGACUGCACCUCAUGGUUUGUUGAUGCAUCAAAAUGAUCUCAUUGUCCGGCUCACCACAUGAAGCUUCAGCAGCUACACUCUAGCUUCAACAUUAAUCUCUGUGGUAUCACAUCGGCCCACAAGUAACUUCAUUAUUGCUUAAAGUUUCCAUUACGAUUCCCUUUUAUUAUCACCUCUACGUAUUUUAUCUGCCUCUGUUGUCACCAGAAUAAAUCAUGUGUUGCAGCCAGAGGUGAAAGUCCAUUUCUGGUUCAUCAAACAUGGCAAAAGAGAAGACUUUCCAAAUGACUGUCAGUCAAAUAACUUUUGCACUCAAGAGAAAACCAUCGCAUUUACAGAACUUCAGCGGCUCCACAGGGAGAGCAUAAACACUGCAGAUCUGAAACUUGGCAUUUCCUGCAAUUUUUACGCAAACUAAUCAUCCCAGUAGUUCUUUUUGUACGGUGGCCCUAAAGGUCAAUGUCAAAUACACGUCAAGAGGGCAACAAAUAUUUCAUUAAAAAAACACAAACAUUUUACAAAUCAGAAAUGUUUCACAUGGACAUAAAUCAUAUUUUAAAAUAUGUUUUAAAUAAAUAUAAAGAUAUCAGAAAACAGCUUAAUCAGAGAACCAAAACAUGUUGAAAAUGAAAAUAAAUUAAAACAAAUUUAUCUGAGAAAAAAACACAUUUAAGAAAGUAAAAAUACUUCGAAAGACAUAUAACAUUAGGGUAAUUUGUAUUAUCAAAUAGAUUUAUGUUUUUACAAUUCUUGUUUUCUCAAAUAUAUUUUGGGUUCAUUUUUGUGUUUUUAAAGUUUUUCUAAUUUUUGAAAUAUUGACCUUCUGAGCCACAAAAGUAUCAAACGAUCAACUUGUUGAUGUAUUUACUUGACUGCUUUAUGCAUAAUAAUUCCUUCUUUUACUGAAAAACAAUAUAAAUCAUCCACAGAUAUUCAGUGAAAGACUGUAUAAAACAGAGAAUGCAUCAGUUCUCUUGUUAUCUGAGGUGCUGUAAAAACAUGCUGGUGCUGAUUUUAUGUUUCUGUUGAUCAUUCAGUUCAAAUGCCGACUAAUCCUUGCAGCUCUGUUUGAUAAAAACACUUUUUUUCUCUCUAUAAAGUCAUUAAUAAUAUGAAAUCCCUCUAAAAGUGUCUCUAGCUUUAAAAUGGAGUUUUUUUUUAAUCUUGUUUAGUGUUCACUGUACUGCUGAUACAAAAAGAUGGAAGCAUGUGGGACUGCAGCAACAGAGAAAGAGGAGCCAAGCUUCCUAAAGCGCUGUGGUUAGCAUGAAAUCAUGCUGCAUUUAGAGCAUUAGGUAAUUAAAAUGUAACUCCAGCAGCUCCAUCCAGUCACCUGCAGAUCUGCACUCAGAUCCAUGAAACCAAGAGGCAAACAAAAAUAUCUUUAUACAUUUUUGUGAUACUGACUCAGUCGGAGAAUAUUUGUCUGAAUUAUCUUGCAGUUUGUUACAGUGAUUUAAAAAAACUCAAAUUAAAUAAAAGUCCUAAAAACCCUAAAGGCCUUUCUCUUGAAGAGAUGCUGUUAAACAAGAUUCAUUCAUUACUGAAGUAAAUCCAAUUAAAGGCGGCUCAGCUCAAGUGAUGAUUCUUUGAAGAGGUUCAGUGGUCAUGAAUCGUGCGAUGAAUAAAUCUGGAGUUAAAUGAAAGUGUGAAUCGUUAUGCAGACAGACAGUUUUAGCCUGUCCAUCUGUCCCUUAAUCACUGUGUCUCAUUUUCCUCUGAAAAGUGGAGAUUUAAUUAAAAAAGGGGGGUUUGUGAAUAAAAUAAAAAGCAUGAAAAAAACUUGCUGUGAUCAAAAAACAGACAUGCAUCCAAAAAUUUUAUUCACUCCAUGUUCCCAUCAGAGUAUUUUCCUCAAGAUCUCAACUCAACAUCAGAUGAUUAGAACUUUCAUAUUCAAAAAUCAAAUAAACAGAGUAUGGCUUUCAAUUAUGCCAAAUGAGAAAUUAAAAAGAAAAAAUUAAGGACAUAAGGACUUGUUAAAACGUGAUUUUUUACAAUAUGUUUUUAAUUUUAAAAAAUUUGAAUUAAUUGAAUUAUAUCAAAUCUCAUAGUAUUUCUCUUAUUUAUGGUAUAAAAUGUCCUUUAAGUACGGUAACCCUGAAGGUCAAUGGCACAAGUAUUUUAUAACGACAACGACAAAAGCAUUUCACACAGACGCAAAGUAUGUUUAAGAAAACACAAACAAAUGAUAUAAACAUUGAAAAUUUUAGAACUAAAAAAUAAGGUUAAAAAACAGAAAAAUAUUUGGAGACAAAUUUUUGAAAACACAAAUGAGUUUUUUUAAAUGUACAUUUGUUUCCAUAAUAGUUUCACACUUAAAUCAUUUAAUUGUGUUUCCUUAAAAACAUACUUUGUGUUUUGCAAAGUUCUUUUGUGUUUUAUGAUUUUUUUAAAUAUCUUUUCUGAAAUAUUUGUGCUAUUGACCUUCAGGGCCACCUUUAGUAAGUCUUGAUAUAAGCCACAUUCAUCUGACAAGUCCAGACAAACAAAAAGAUUUUACCAGAUCUUUAAGAUUCUUUCAGAUAAAUUCACUCGCUUAGAGUCAGAUCUGAGUUUGUACAGUAAAGCACGAGAAAGCCAGUGAUGAAGUUUACACAUAAAACCUCAGGAAACAACUAAAAGUUUCUUCUUCUUCUUAGAGUAAAAUGGAGCAAAUAAAAAGUUUGAAUACACGUCCCCUUGUGCCCCAGCAGUCCAAACCCUUCGAUCCCAUUAGCUUAUAAAACAGACGUAUAUGUCAUUUACCAAGUAAACCAGAAAAGUGAACAGGCAUCCAGGCACAGUCUGGACGAGAAAUGCUCUCUUCAGAUAAAUAUGAGAUUAAAAGCGCUUCUCUACAUUAGCAGGUUAGACUACAGACCUUAAGCAAGCAUUUAUAAAGUGAUUUAAGAUAAAGACCUGAACAUGAUUCUCCUCUGUGCAACUUGGAGCAGUAUCAGAAACAUCUUUGGUGCCCUCCAUCUGUCUUCAUGUCCCGUUAUUCCCCUUAGCUCCAUAGAAGUUAUCACAUGAGAGCGUAUAAAAACUCGUUUUACAUUCACAGUCAGUCUUUCAUAAACAAGCAUCAGCAAGAAAAACCUGUGAAGAUGAGAAGCUACUGUUUAAUGCAUAUUGCCAAAAGCUGGAAACCCCCUGCUCUUAUCAAAAUGGUAUGGUCCACCUGCACGUUCAGUACAGUCCUGGAGAUGGAUCCACUUUAAGGUGUUCUGGAGCAGGGGUGUACGAAGUAUGUUGUUUCAGAUAAAACUCUGAUAGUUCAGUUUGUAUGUGGUCUCUUAAAUAACCAUCAGACGAUGGAGAGUUCAAGCCCGACUCUCUGCUAGGUUUUCACCAGCGGCUGCUCUGAAAUGUCCUCAGGGGUUUUUUCUCCUUCACGAGAUUUUUUCCUCUUCUUAUGACCUGAGGAGACAAGACAUGUUCAAGGGGACAGCUAGGUAAAGGUUAGGUCUCAGGGGUGCUGGUUUAGCUCAGUUUAUAGAGUAGGCACCCCAAGUAUGGAGUUUACAGGCCUUGGUAGACUGGCCCUUGGAUGAACCCAUGUCAGUUAGUUACACAUGUGUUGGAUAAGCUGCUCAUUUUCUACCAUUUGGUUAAGUAAUAUUUGGUUUCACAGUAAAAAUGCAAUAUUUUGGUUCUUUAUCUACCUGUUCAAUUAAAGUUUACUUAUGGUUAA